AUGAUGGUCAAAUUUACUAAAUAUGUUGAGCACAAUGAUGCCAUAUUGCUGGUCGUAAUAUCUGCUGCUCAGGCACCUGAAGUUGCUUCAUGUAAAGCUAUCAGAAUUACCAAGGAGUAUGAUAGUGAAUGUACUAGAACUGCCGGUGUUAUUAGCAAGAUAGAUCAAGCAGUUUCAGAGCCAAAAGUGCUUGCGGCUGUGCAAGCUCUUUUGUCGGGUCAAGGACCACGAAGUACAGCUGAUAUGCCCUGGGUUGCCUUAAUUGGUCAAUCUGUUUCCAUAGCUUCUGCCCAGUCUGGAAGUGUUGGAUCUGAUAACUCAUUGGAGACUGCAUGGCGAGCUGAGAGUGAAAGUUUAAAAUCUAUUUUGACAGGAGCGCCUCAAAGUAAGCAUGGUAGGUUAGCAUUGGUCGAGAUCCUUGCUCACCAGAUACGCAAUAGAAUGAAAGUCAGACUUCCAAAUCUGCUUUCCAACAAUCCAUUUCACUGUUUUUCUUUGUCAGCAGAAGCAAUUGAUUGCUUCAGGGAAAAUCUCAAGUUGUACAGGAUGCAUGAGUUGGUUAGGCUUGGGGAGCAAAUGGUUAAUAGUGCUGAAGGUACCAAAGCCUUAGCACUUAAGCUUUGCCGUGAAUUUGAGGAUAAGUUUCUGCAGCAUAUCACUGGCGGCGAGGUGGGUAAAUAA